UACAUGGCCAAAAUUAGCUCGACGAUAAUGAUGAGACUGACCUCAUUCGUUUCUCAAUUAAUUACUUUCUGUUAGUUCUACCCUUUGACGAUGUAUAUGAAGCCUUGUGAAAAUUUGAUCUCCUUCUACUUGAAAUCUACUUGACUGGCUCAAAGAACUUCGAUAUGCUAAAGCAUUUUGUGAACGAGUUGGACCUACCCAUCAUCACGAUGUGCGCUUACGAUGAUAAUAAAAUUAGACAUGAAUCGCUUCACCAUGGUGCUUGCUUGCACCUAACAAAGCCCAUAACUAUCAUCGAUCUUGGGGUUAUUUCUCAGAAGGCAUGGUUUCAGAGGGAACACAUGGAAGAGAGAUAUGAGAGCGUGGGGAGCCAACCUAACGUUGAAGAGGUCGGCCAAGUUGGCGCCUCAUCCUCUUCAAAGACACCAAAAGGUGGAAGUUCUGGGAAAAAUGAAUUUAUUUGGAAGAGGCAAGAAGGUGGUGGUUCUGAAAAGCCAAAGAAGGCACACUUGGAAUGGGAUUUCGAGCUCCACCAAAGGUUUCUUCUAGCUGCUGCCCUAGUAGGAGAACGUGCUCCUCCUAGCAGGAUAUAUGAGCUGAUGGGAGUUGAGGGUCUUACCAUAAGUCAAGUUUCAAAUCGCCUUCAGAGGCAUCGAACUCACUUGCGGAGAUUGGAGAGAUCAACCGAGAUUCAUCCACUACGAGAGAUAAGGCCAAUGCCUUCCUUCACCCAACCAAUCUUUGCUCCCUUCAUCGCGGCCCCAUAUCCUCCGAUGCAUUCGAGUGGAUGGACUCAACCAGUAGACAUGACAGACAAAAGUCCACCAGCAGCGGAUGAUAUCGAUGAUAUAUUUGAUGUGAGAAAUUAUGUUUUCGAUGAUGCUGCUAUAGCUAAAAUGUUGGAUGAAAUUACUAGAGAAAAUGAUACCACGCCAUGACAAUCACGAACUCAUCAUGUAUUCUGAGUAGGGUUGUUCUUAAUGAAGUUACAAAUGCAAAUACAUUAUAUUUUCUAAUUAAGUUCAAACUACAAUGACUACUUAACCCUAGAACAUUCCUAGGUCAUAAUACCAUUAGUUAAUUUUUCUUUCUCUUUUUAAUCAUACUCUUAUAGGUAACCCUUCAUUGCUUAUUUCUUAUGCAUAUGUUUAUCUUAUCAUCGAUAGUAUUGCACUUGAUGGAUCACAAAUUUGUUAAAUUAUGAAAUAUAAAUGGGAGCCGGGUGAAAGAAACAAGCAUUAGAAAACUAACAAGCAUUAGAAAAGUAACAAGCAUUAAAAAAAUAUAGAAAUUACAAGAAACAUGCUUUGAAAGACCUAAAUCAUUUAGCUCACAUGGAUAAAUGUAUACUAGUUUACUGUACUAGAAGUUAACAUUUUACUGAAAAAGAAUGGCAACUAACAUAUGUCUAAGUGAUAUCAAACUCUUGCAUGAUAAAAUGGAAAUUGCUAGGGUUUACGACUUGCAUUCAAAUCCCACGUUGAUAUUAAUAUUGGCUUAGGUUCCUCCCCUUCUAGUUUUAAGGAAAAAAGAGACAAAACGACAAACACUUGCAACACGACAUGCCUUGUCGUGCCCAUUGAGAUCUCAUACCACCUAAAAGUUAGUUAUUCCUCUUUAUUAGGAGAACACCAUCAGUGUAGAUAGGGUUUAGCUAAUCUAGUGGAUUUCUCGAACGUUCACAAAGCGACAAAAGAAACUUCUCUAAAUCUAGGAGUUCUGACAAUUGUAUCUUUGAAAAUAUUAGAUUUUCAACAUCGUCAUAAUUUUUUUUAAUAUGCCAGUAAAUUAGGAAUCAAAUAAGAGGUGGAAUUUCUAUAUAGUGAACUUUUAUUAGUAUCAUUUAAUCUAGCUCAAAAAUACAUCUUGUUCUUUCCUAUUUUACAAAUGAUAUUUUCUUUAGCUAAUAAAUAUUUUAAGAAAUUGCCUAAAAACUUCUCUUUUUUUAAAAAAAUUCUAGAAUCAUUUUUCGUUGUUUAUU